UCUCUCUUCUCAGCCUCAAACCAGGAACAACGUUGUUGUGCCACUCUCAGAGAUUGAACACCUCCUUUUUGUGGCAAAGCAAGUGAGCUUCUUGGCUCUAACUUGGGAGAUUUUCCCAUCAUUUUGGAGGAUUUAGUUUUAAGCAUGGACAAAGGCCUAGGGGUUGGUGUCAUGGAGGAUCGCGAGGAAUGGGUGGAUGACUCAUCUGUGGAUCACCGUGGGAGGCCACCCCUCCGUGCCGCCACCGGGUCGUGGAAGGCUGCAAUGUUCAUCAUCAUGAUUGAGUUCAGCGAAAGGUUGAGCUAUUUCGGGAUAGCAACGAGCCUGAUGAUAUACCUCACCAAGGUGCUGCAAGAGGAAAUGAAGUUUGCGGCGAAGAACGUGAACUACUGGAUGAGCGUCACCACGUUGGUGCCUUUGCUUGGCGGCUUCGUUGCCGAUGGAUACCUCGGGAGGUUCUCCACCGUCGUCUUCUCGACCAUCAUCUACCUUCUGGGUUUGAUCCUUCUGGCGACGACGCAGUUGGCGCCAAGCCUGAAGCCUGACCACUCGCUGCACCUGCACGAGACGCUGUUCUUCGUGGGCAUAUACUUGGUGUCCAUCGGCACCGGCGGGCACAAGCCUUCUUUGGAGAGCUUCGGCGCCGACCAGUUCGACGAGAGCCACGCAACGGAGCGGGUGCAGAAGAUGUCCUUCUUCAACUGGUGGAACUGCGCGCUCUGCUCGGGGAUCCUGCUCGGCGUCACGGCCAUCGUCUACGCGCAGGAGCGGGUCGGCUGGGGCGCCGCCAGCGUCAUGCUCGCGGCGGUCAUGGGCGCCUCGCUCGUCGUCUUCCUCGCCGGCUGGCGGCUCUACAGGUACAGGGUGCCGGAGGGCAGCCCGCUGACGCCGCUGCUGCAGGUCGUCGUCGCCGCCGUGAGGAAGAGGCACCUUGAGUUGCCUACCGACGCUGGUGAGCUGUACGAGGUGAAGCCGCAGAAUAUCAAGAAGAGGCUGCUUUGCCAUACUGACCAACUUAGGUUUCUCGACAAGGCGGCCAUAGUGGAGCACGGCGGCGGCGACGAGGCACGCGGGCCGUGGCGGCUGGCGACGGUGACGCAGGUGGAGGAGACGAAGCUGGUGCUGGCCAUGGUGCCCAUCUGGGUGGCCACGCUCCCCUUCGGCAUGGCGGCGGCGCAGGUGUCCACCUUCUUCAUCAAGCAGGGCAGCGUAAUGGACCGGCGCCUGGGCCCGCACUUCGUGCUCCCGCCGGCGUCCAUCUUCGCGCUGACCGCCAUCGGCAUGAUCGUCACCGUCGCGCUCUACGACAAGGUCCUGGUGCCGUACCUGCGGCGGGCCACGGGGGGCGAGCGCGGGAUCAGCAUCCUGAAGCGCGUCGGCAUCGGCAUGGCGUUCGGGGUAGUGGCCAUGGCCGUGGCGGCGACUGUCGAGCGGCGGCGCCUCAACUCGUCCUCGCCGGUGCCCAUGUCGGUGCUGUGGCUGGUGCCGCAGUUCGCGCUGAUGGGCGUCGGCGACGGGUUCGCGCUGGUGGGGCUCCAGGAAUACUUCUACGACCAGGUCCCGGACAACAUGCGCAGCCUAGGCAUCGGGCUGUACCUGAGCGUGAUCGGCGCGGGGACCUUCCUUAGCAGCCUGGUGAUCACGGCGGCGGACCGCGCGAGCUCCCGCGGCGGGCGCGCGAGCUGGUUCGCCAAGGACCUGAACCGCAGCAGGCUGGACCUCUUCUACUGGCUUCUGGCCUGCAUCGGCGCCGUGAACCUCGUCUUCUACGUGGUCGUCGCAGCCAGGUACUCGUACAAGACCGUCAAUGCCGGCAGCGUCGGCGACGAAAAGUCCGGCGACAUCGAGUGCGCCGCCGCCACUUAGUUAAUCAACCAGCCGGUUAAUUAGUAGUAGUAACUAGAUAUGGCAUCGUGUCAUUAUAGCUAGGUACAUGCCUGAUAAUUCAAGUUGGAUGCUUGCUUGUUGAUGCCGUUGGAUUGUGUACUGUUGUGGAUUGCACAAGUGCCGUUUGGUUCGUCGUAA